GGACGUAGUUGUGGCCUUGCCCACGAAUGUCCACGCCUUUGGAUUUGCAUUCGCAAGGAUACUGCCAAUUCUCCUCUAGGGGACGACCCAAAUCAACAUAGCAUGCAGUGUGUCUAAAGAAAGUUUGUGACGACUUUCUGCAUUAUUUAAGGGCUGCAAAAGCGAUAUGGAUAAGGCUCAGCCAUGGAAGCCGGGCGACGACCGGCCAAAGUACUAUCCCGAAACAGUUGUCUUCGCCCUCGACGCUUGCGAGGAUCCGGGCGUUGACCCAAACAAGCACUAUGGGCGCUUCGAGCUGCUUAAGCAGUGUAUAUGCAUGUUCGCGCAGGCUAAGAGCCGCGUCAAUGCACACCACAAGUACGGUCUGGUCGUCAUACGGGACACGGUGCGGUGGGAGGGCGCCGGCGUCACCGCCUCCCCAGAAGGUCUGGCGGCGGCGCUGCGGGGCGUGCAACCGGCAGCGCCUGGGGGGGCGGGGCGCCCCGGAGGAGUCCCGCCGCCGCCGCCGCCGCCGCUGGAGCUGGGAUCGCUGCUGGGACUGGUGCAGCCGCUAGCGGUGGCGGAGGAGGCGGACGGAGG